AUGUCAGAAACAGCAGGAAAAACAAUUACUUGUAAAGCCGCAGUUGCUUGGGAAGCUAAUAAACCAUUGAGUAUUGAAACAAUUGAAGUUGCUCCUCCUAAGGCGCAUGAGGUUCGUAUCAAGAUUUAUGAUACUGGUGUUUGCCACACCGAUGCUUAUACCUUAAGUGGUGUUGAUCCAGAGGGUGAAUUUCCAGUCAUUUUGGGUCACGAAGGUGCAGGUGUUGUUGAGUCGGUUGGUGAUGGCGUCACUACUGUAAAGCCUGGUGACCAUGUCAUUGCCUUGUACACGCCAGAGUGUGGUGAAUGUAAGAUGUGCAAGAGUGGCAAAACCAACUUGUGCAGCAAGAUCAGAAACACUCAAGGAAAGGGUGUCAUGCCUGAUGGGACCUCGAGAUUCACAUGCAAGGGCAAAAAGCUUCUUCAUUUCAUGGGUGUUUCAACUUUUUCACAGUAUACUGUUGUUGCCGAUAUUUCGGUUGUUGCAAUCAACAAGAAAGCGCCAUUUGACACCUCGUGUUUGUUAGGAUGUGGUGUCACCACUGGAUACGGUGCAGCAACAAUCACUGCUAAUGUUCAAAAGGGUGACAAUGUGGCCAUUUUUGGUGCUGGUUGUGUUGGAUUGUCAGUUGUACAAGGUUGUCAUGAAAGACAAGCUGCUAAAAUCAUUGUUGUUGAUAUCAGCAACAAGAAGAAGGAGUGGGCAACGAAAUUUGGUGCCACCGACUUUGUCAAUCCUACCGAGUUACCUGAAGGAACUUCAAUUGUACAAAAAUUGACUGAGAUGACAGAUGGUGGUUGUGAUUUCACCUUUGACUGUACUGGUAAUGUGAAUGUUAUGAGAGACGCUUUGGAAGCUUGUCAUAAAGGUUGGGGUACCUCUGUUAUCAUUGGUGUGGCUGCAGCUGGUAAAGAGAUUUCAACCAGACCAUUCCAAUUGGUUACUGGUAGAGUUUGGAAAGGUGCUGCUUUCGGUGGUGUAAAAGGAAGAUCCCAAUUACCAGGUAUCGUAGAUGACUACUUGGAAGGUAAGUUGAAGGUUAAAGAGUUUAUCACCGACAGGUUUGACUUGGAUCACAUCAACGAAGCCUUUGAUGCUAUGCACAAGGGAGAUUGCAUCAGGGCUGUGAUUAAAAUGUGA